AUGAAAGGUGCACGUUUUUCCAACCAUCUUGAUUUCUUGACAGCUCGCAUACUUCUCCAGAUAUCUACAGGGCUCUCCGACUCUGGCCAUCGCCCGGAACUUGACCUUACCUCCAGCUCCGAUAGUCCUAAGGAGAUGCAAAAUCAUAUGGCCAUAGGAUUUUCCGUUCUGUUGGUCGUGGUGGUUGCCUGUCUGAUUGGCGGCGGAAUUUCCUUUGCUCUGCAUCGAAACUAUCAAAAUCGACUGGUUGGUAAUAACCCUCGUCGAUCGUCAAGCCUUUCUCUCAGUUAUGGAAAUCAUGUCAACGCUUCUUACUAUCCGUUCAAAUUCGAGCCUGUUGACGGCAUGCUAUCUCGGGAUACCCGAUUCAAUUACUUCAGUAUCGGCAAUGAUGCCCACAGCAUGAAUAUAACCAACGCCUAUCACAAGGUCUCAUUUUCCGACGAAUCGCCUACUGAUACUCGAUGGCUUAUAACUGAGAUUGCCAACGGUGACCGACAGCAUUGGAACACUCACAACUUCAUCAAUUAUAACAACCGGCAUUUGGAACCCGAAUCUCGGCUCGCUAGCCUCUGCGCUCCGCACUCCUUGGAUAGCCAAUUGCAGCUGAUGCCAUUGCUGACAGUCGCGAUGCCCACCUCAGACGUCUUAAAUACAACCAACACAGGGGCUCUUGACAAAGAAGAAAUAGCCGUCAUGACUACGCCAGAACUGAAAAGGAGACCAUUGGUCGAAGAGGAGUCUAGCUGGGCACUUGCACGCAGCCAUGACAAUUUAGUUUUAUCAGGACAAGAUGAAGAAAAGACUACUGACUUGGAACAACAGAAUAGUGCACCUAAGUUCUAUUUAAAGUCUGAUUCGCCUGGGAAUCCGAUUUCCAUCAUGCCUGAGCCCUCACGUAAAUCCUAA